AAAAGAGUGAUUCGUCUGGAAACUGUGCAUCACUAUCUGAGAGUUUUCCUCCCUUUUUACAGUCAGACUCUAACGUUACAUCCCAGAUCCUGCCUCUGCUCGCGUGUCCACGCUUUCACUGUUCUACAAGGGGGGCAGAAUGGGAGCAAAGCUCAGUCGGAAGAAGAGUGAAGCGGGGAUAGGAGCCGAGACAACAGGUCCAGCUGAACAAGAGACUGGAACAGCAGAGGGCUUACCUGUGGCUGAAAAUGCAGAGCAGAAAUGUUCUGAAGGUGAGAUUCAAGAAGAGAGCAAGCCUGCAGAAGAGAAGUCUGACUCUUCAACCAGUGUUCUGCAAGGCCUUACACAAGCUGUAGGAGAAACGGUCAACGCAGUCACUGAGCAGAUUGCUGCACCGGUGGAAGAUGUUUUAAACAAAGGUAUCGAGGCAGUGGAGUCCGCACUGGCAUCCGUCAGCCUGAUUGAGAAGGAACCGGUUGCUCCAGAGAAAGAACCUGAACAGAAGUCUGAACCUGUGGUAGAUCUCGCUGAUUCUUAUGUUCUCCAAGAACCCAGCCUCUUGGAUGACCUCCUGAAAUCUCCAAUCUCAGAAGCCCUUAUUUCUGGAGUCACUAUGGUGAGUGAAGCCAUAACCAGCAGGGUAGUGGAAAACAAAAUUAGUAAUCCUGCACCAGCUGAGAACAAGGAUUUGUUGGAAUAUCUAGAUAAGGUGGAGACGCCCUCAGUGGACCUCCUGAACUGUACACUGACCCAUGAAUCCACAAUCCCUAACUCGGAUCCAUCAUUCACUUUGGAAGAUAUGGGACAGAAUGCAGCCGACACAGUCAACCUUAUAUAGACCACUACUCACCUCUAGAAAACAGCAGCGGCUGGAAGAUCAUUAGGUGCAAGUAUGUCAGCACAAUAUUCAAGAAAUUAAUGAAUUACAUGUUUUUUCCCCCCUGAGGAUGUAGUCAUGAAACAGGGUUGUUUGUCAUUCAGAGUUGAAUUAAGGUAGCAAACUGGAUGCAGAAUUUCAAUUCAAAUUUGUAUGUUAGAAAGAAUUAAAAUGAAUUGAAAUUCAAAGAACUUCAUAAAACUUUCAUUUUAUCAUGAAUAUUUUCUUGACAAAGCCUUAUUUGAAAGUUUGGACCAAAGUUUAAAAAGCCUUGAUGUUUGAAGGUUUAUAUUAGUCAAUAGAUCCAAUUCUUUAUUUCUGAGUUUUACACAACCCUGUCAUGAAAAAGUUGAAAGUUACAUGUAAAACCAGCCACCUCAGAUAUCUAAUGAACAUUCCUAAAAUUAUGCCUACUGAGUCGCUGACAAGCAGCAAACCAGCCAUCUGAUAUUUGUUAUUCUUGAUGGUCUAUAUUCUUCCGAGCUUUUGUGUAUGAACCGUUCAGCCAGUCUUCUAGGAGAAGAGGAAAAGAAUGUACGUUAAAACAAUGAUUGUAAUAAAGGAAAAUAAAGACUGUAACACAUCACAAUGA